AUGAACAAAUUCAUCCAGGACGCCAGCAGGAUGGAGAAGGACGUUGUGGACCUUUGCGAAGACGCCUGCAACUUACCUGAACAGGUGACGGUGUCGGACACGCGGGUGAAUUUUCCGGACUGGCGAGCAAUGGACAGGUCCAGGCAGGCCUGGGAGGUGUGGAGUGGCCAGGCGCUUCUCUCCAGCGCCGUCGGCCAAGUGAAAAGCCAGCAGCCGCGGAUGCAGCCUUUCCUUCGCCAGCUGGAAGUGAUGGAGAGCGGGUUGAGGAGCAUCCGAGAGAUUCUGCGCAGGCACAAUGCCCAGGCAGGCCCCGCGGAGGAGCCCCUCCCUCGGACGUUGAGCGUGCCCACUGUGCCAAAACUCUUCAGCGUCUAUGCCAGCUUCCUGCGGGGGAAGGUCAAUUUAUUCCUCGCCAGCGUGUGCCAGGGAAGUGGCAGGUGA